AUGGCCAAGGCAGCUUCUACAUAUGUUUUCCCCAUCAUCUUCCUUGUUGUGUUUGCCUUAGUUGAACAGAAUAUGGGAUGCACGACGAGUAUAGGACCGUGUGAAGUUGGCAAAAACUGUAGUCCGAAGUGUAACGCUAUGUUUGGAGAAAUUGUUACCGGCUUCUGUGACCGGAGUGGUGGUGGAAUUGGAAUAUGUGUUUGCGUCACACCUUGUCCCCCUCCGCCUCCUAAGGCGCCUCAUAUGUGA